CACGACUGCAGCUCCAACAAACACAACAUCAGCUCCAACAAACACAACAGCAGCUCCAACAACCACAACUACAGUUCCAACAUCAAUAACCACCACACCAACAACCAUAACAGCCGCAACAACAACGAGAACUUCAGCUCCACCAACCACAGCACCUGCUCCAAAAACCACAACUACAGUUCCAACAUCAAUAACCACCGCACCAACAACCAUUACUGCAGCUCCAACAACCAGAACAGCAACACCAACAACCACAGCUCCAACAACCACAACAGCAUCUCUGACAGCCAUAACAGCUGCAACAACAACCACGACUGCACCUCCAACAGUGACGGCCCCUUCCCCAUCAACCACCAAAGCCCCGCCCUCCACCACUGCCCUUCCAUUCACCAUGACCGCUCCUUCAUCAACCACAACAGCAGUUCAAAACACAACAAUCCCUCCAACAACUGGCAGGGAUACAGUAAUGAGAUAUGUCACAUUCAGAUCACUUCAGAGCAAUUUUGAAACAGACUUGUUGAAUUCAUCAUCUGCAGCCUUUAUAAGUCGAUCUUUAAUGAUAAAGACACAGAUUGAACCUGUUUACAGUAUGGCUUUCCCCUCUUCCUUUGUCUCCUUGGAUGUGGUGAGCUUCAGCAAGGGAUCAGUCAUCAACACCAUGGAACUUCAGUUUGUAAACUUUUCUGUCCCAAAUUACACUGAGAUUAGGAAUGUUUUGAUCGGUCAAGCCUCAAAUGUGAGCGGCUUUGACAUCGAAAGGGCCUCCAUCAGCAUCAGUGACACUGCUCCAACAACAGCCACUCCACCAGAAACAACUGCAACUACAACAACAGUUGCAGCAACUCCAACCACUAUCCCAACUACAAAAGCACCAACUGGACCUGUCCAAAUUGUUCUGUUUCUACAGUUCCUUGAACCAUAUGUACCUGAUCUCGAAGACCCCAACAGCAGUCCCCGUAACAUAGAGGCUUAGUAAUUAGUACUAUGCAGUGGCCUGAAAUUAAGUGAAGUCCAGGUCUUUUGCUUGUAAGUGUAUCUUUAUCUUCAUGUCUAUUAACUAUUCCUCUUUCAAAUAUGAGGCCAAAAGAACAUAAAUUCUUCUUUUUUUCUUCCUGUCAUCUUUUUAAUAUAAUUAUCGACAGCAUUUUUUCAUUCUUUACAUCCAUUCAUUGUUUCUAAAUGCUUGUAAAAUGAUAUAUUUUGAGUUCUAUUUCAUAUAUAUCAUACACAGUAUAUAUCACAAAUUACAUGUAAUAGUGUUAAGAAUAGAUCUUCAGGUGUCCCAAAACAUGCACUGUCACUUUUCUUAUUUAUACAAAUGUAUUUUUAUAAGUAUCUUUGCAUGUAUUCUGUGAAAUUUCUUUUAAUUUGCACAUUUUCUGUAAGAAAAGUCAAAAUGACCAGAAUACAUCUUUAUGAGAAAUUAACACUGUUAAUUAACACUAUUUAGGUUUGGGUAAAUAAAAAUAAAAUCAGGAAACUUUCAAGAUGUGCAACAACUGCAUGUAAAAAGCUUUAAUAAAAACAGAAUAUUUACAGAUUG